AUGAAACCAUCAGGUCGUGGGCGCGGACAUGGUCGAGAGCAAGUUUUCUCUUCGAUCGCUCCUCCAUCUCCUUCCAUAUCAAGUACAUCAUUAACACACGUCGUAACGACAAGUGGAAAAUCUGAUACAUUGUCUGACGAAGGUAUCGCAUCGUCGAUAGUAACAUUGAAUAUUCCGCAACCUACUACGGCAAUAAAAAGCACAGUACCACAUGGACGAGGACAAGUUAAACGAGAUGUACCGCCGAGUGCGCCAGAAAUAUCAAUAGCUGUUCGCCAAUCACAGAUAACGGCUAUCGACGAUGACAUAUUAGAUACUUCGAAAAGAGCAGUAACAACAACUAAGCAGCCACAAAUAACGACAGUCGACGACACAUCAAUCGCUACUUCUCAAAUAACAACGACAACAAUCUCAUCAGUCACAUCUAAGAAAUCUGGUCGUUCUUGUUUUAUUACUGACGAUAAACGUUCAAAAUGGAUAGUAUCAGAAUUAACUGAACAGCAGUUUUUGACAACUGAGCGCCCAUUAAAACCCAAAACACUGGGUGAAUUAGGUCUGAUGAUACAAGUGAUGGUCAAUUGUUAUCCAGUAACAUGGUAUCCAAAAGAAGGCAUCGAAAUAUUCAAAUUUAUAAUUCGUUUAACGGAUAAAUCAAUUGAUUUUGCCAAAUUAGUGUUACCGGAGGACUUUGACAGUCUUGAAUGCUUAAAACAAGUAUUAUCUUCCGUACUACAUGAACAAUGUUCUUCAACAGCCAAUUUUGUUAAUAAACGUGUAUUUUAUUCAAUUACAGAUAAUGGAAAUGCUUCUAAUCUUGGUGAAGGCAAAGCAUUAUGGUCUGGAUUUUAUUCAUGUCUAAUGUUUUCAAAAGGACGUUAUAAGCUAUUAGUGAAUUUAGAUGUUAGUCACUCGUGCUUUUUGAAGAAACAACCAUUUCAUAAGUUUCUAUGUGAAGUGAUGGCGAAUAGUCCAUGUGGAUUCUACUAUACUAAAGGCAAACGAAAUGAAAGAGAGAAAGUGACAAUAGAAGAUUGCGUAUACUAUUUAGAUCCAAUAAAUAAUCAAGCAUAUUAUGAUGAUGAACUCAAAUUUCUUGUUAAACAUUGUAAAGACAUGAAGGUUCGAGCGAAUUACGGAAGUACAAUUACUUAUACCAUCGAUUCACUUGGACAAUCAGCAUCAACCCAAAUAUUUUAUUGGAAAAUAAAACACAAACAAAAAACCAGCACAGUAGAAGAAUAUUUUCAAGAACGCUAUAAUAUCAAUUUACGUUAUCCUCGUUUGCCCGUAUUGAAAACGACAAAGGGUACGUAUUUACCCAUGGAGUUGGUUGAUGUUGAACCAGCUUGUAUACGAAAAAUAAAUGAUGAUCAACGUGCAACGGUUACACAACUGACAUCAAAGAAACCCUUCGAGCGUAGGCGACAAAUAGAACACGUACGAAAUAAACAACAAAAUUUUGAUGAAGAUCCGUUUGUUAAACAAUGGGGUUUAAAUAUUGAUCCUCGAAUGUUAAUUAUACUGGCACGUGUGUUAUCAAUGCCAACAAUACAUUAUAAUAAAACCUAUGAAGUUACAGAACGAAAUAAUCGUGGAAAACAAGGCUUAUGGGAUGCUCAAGGUAUAACGAUAAAAUGUGACUAA